AGCCAAGGCACCACAACCAGAGAGUGUGUUGAACAUCAGAUAUGGAAUUGCUGGUAAUAGAACAAUCGGAGCUCAUACGCCUGUCACUAUGGAACCUGCUGGAUCUGAGGGUUCUACACAGGAUUUAAUCUUCAGGAGUGCUCUUGUUUUACAAAGACCUGUGAUGGAUCCGUGCCUUGCAGUUGGUUUUCUUCCUCUUUCUUCAGGAGGCCUUAGAGUUGGGUAGCUAGUAACCAUGAAAUGGAGAGUUGAAAGGUUGAAGGAUUUUGAUGAGAAUGCAGUUUCUCAAAACAAUGAUGAGGUAUUAUACGAAGUCAAUGCAAAUUCUGAGAAUUGGAUGAUUGUCGGGAGGAAGAGAGGCCAUGUAUCACUCUCAACAAAGCAAGGUUCGAGGAUAGUUAUUUCUAUUUUGUGCAUGCCACUGAUGGCCGGAUACGUACAUCCCCCAAAGCUUGGGCUUCCAAACAUUGAUGAGGCAAAUAUAAGUUGUAACCCUGCUGGCCCCCACCUGGUGCCCAUUCUUCCAAGGUUGAAGCUUACAACAAUCAUUUCAUUCUUCUAUGGCCACUACGGAGGUGAUGUACGCUAAAACUACUUGUUACUU